GUUGUGGCAAGAGUCGACCUGAGUCUGCCUCAGGGCCAACAACGCCUUCUGCAAGUGCUUGUGGCAGUUGGUCCAAUGAUGAGCUUUAUGGCUUCGUACCUCUGGUGCUUCCACCGCGAAGACACCCAGAUAUCGGAGAUGUUAGCCCCACUGGCCUACAUCUCCAACGGUAUUGCCAUUGGCAUCAUGACCAUCUUCGUGCACGUCGAGGAACAGGAAAACGGCGCCAUGGUGCCCUUCUCCUUCAAGGGAGUACUCUUCCUCGAUGUAUUCGGCUGGAUGUCCCAGAAGCGAGAAUCGGAAG